AAGAGCCUCCCGCCAAGGACGUGCGCGAUUCCGCCGCGCAGCAUCCUUGAGCUUCCUGGUUAAGGCGGCCGGGUGCAGGAGAAGAAAGUUUACGGACGGCAGGUCCCACCCUGGCCUGACCCAGGGAGUGCGCGGAAGGCUGGGCACGCCCGCCCCCUGGAGGCUGUCUGCAGCGGCGGCAGCGGCAGCGGCGCCGAGUGGCACGAUCUUUCCCCGUCGGCUCCCCGCGCGCAGGGAGCGGAGGAAGGGCGCAGCAAGCCGCGCAUGGCGCUGGUGACCGUCUGUCGCUCCCCGUCGGGGAGCGGCCACUCGACACCCACCGGCAGCAAGGUGAGCUCGCACGCCGCUUCUAGCCCAAGCCUCAAGCCGCCCCAAGAGAACCCCACCCUGAUCCCCCGACGGGACCCACACAGCAGCGGCUCUUCUUUUAGGCACGGCUGCGAUCCAUCAUCCCCUUUCUGGGGCUGGCGAGGGGUGCUGUUUCGCGUGCUGCGCCAUCGUGUGCCCCGUUCUCGCCACCCCUCUCUCCCAUUGCAAGCCGUAUGCUGAGCUGUGCAAGCGACUGCACCUUGCACCAUUUUGGCCCCGAAAGAUCUGGCCGUUUGUUCUCGCACCUUCCUGCAGGGGCGCUGUUGGAAGAAGGACUGGCUUGCGCGGGGUGGGGGGCGGUAUUGCGCAGAGAAGGGGGCCCAAGCGCCAAAGAUCAGGCAAGAGAUUUCCCCGCGUCUCUACUCCUCUUCUUCCCAGUAGAGGGAGCUCCCUGGGGUGAAGCAGUAGCACCAGUGGGAUAGGGAAAGAAAACGACGGUCUGCCACUCUUAUGUGUAGGAUUUCUUUACCUGCUGCAGCAGGGACUCGUGUUUACCACCUUUGCCACUCCAGGUGGGCCAGUCUCAACCUGAAACACGAACCCCACUUAGCUGUUCUGUCAUAUUUGCAUUCAGUGUAAGUCACAGAGUGUCAAAAGGAUGGGUUUUUUUUUCUUUUUAAAUCCAUCAUUUGUAGGGGAAGGCCUGUAGAUCCUCAUGAUGGCUAUGUUCUGCCUCCAUCCUUCUGAAUACCAGUUGCUGGAAACCUCAGCUGCUGUUGCUGUCGUGCAGGCAUCUGGUUUAACCACUCUGAGAACAGGAUGCUGGAUUAAAUGGGCCUUGGGCCUGAUCCAGCAGGCUCUUCUUAUGUUCUAGACUGCAUCUGCUCUGCCUGCAGGUUCGAUUCCCAGAGUUUCCAGGCAGGACUGGGAAUGUCCCCUGCCUGACACCCUGAAGAGGCGCUGCCAGACCAUGUAGAGAUAAUAUUGAACUAGGUGGGCCAAUGGUCUAAUUUGGUCUAAGGCAGCUUCCUAUGUUAACACCUCUUACGGAGUAGUAUUAAAAUAUCCAAGCAGAAGCAACUACCUCUGUGCUGGUAGAACUAAGGUCACCAGAUUUUUUUCAAUGAAUCUGGGGACAACGUUUCAACUUCAGUCAAAUUCAGUGGAUUUAGUCAGGGAACUGAUUUGUAAAUCUGGGGACUGUCCCCGGGAAACGGGGAAAUCUGGUAACCUUAUUGUAAACAGUUCUGGUUUGCCUAAUGGAGCGGGAGAGGCAUACAAAGGCAUGAUCUUGAGUAUGUGGCAUCCACAGAAAGGUAUGGUGGAGGCAUUUUAUCAGCACCUUCCUUGGGCUGGGUGCUUGCACAAGUCGUAGCCUUCCUGGAUGGGUGGGUGGGUGAGUGGAAUGUGGGGUUCAUAUAGAGUGGAAUAAUCUGGCUGCGUGAAGCCAAAAUGUUGGAGCUUCACAGUCCCUCCUCAUUGCGACUGCUGUAGAGAACGGGCCAGCUGUGAAACGCCCCUUCAGCUCCUCUGGCCUGAGCUUCUCUGCCCCACACAGGGUGCCUUGUUGUGGGAUUCUUUCCCUCCCUGAUCAACUCUCUCUCUCAAUUCUCCAUGUAAGGAAGCCUGUCAAACGCAUGCCACAGUGGUCAAUUGCCUUUCCUUGCUUGGGUCCCCACAGAUAUGCUUUCCCCAGUCCUUACUCCUUCCCCCUUUCUUCCUCUAAUCAGCUCUUGACAGCUCAGGAUCCUGUGCAGAAGAACUGGGCAUUAAUAAGUGACUUGUCAGGGAGUUUCACAACUUGCCACUUCCUGCCGGUUCCUUGCAGAUUGCAACGUCAGGGGCCCGUGGAAGGCAGCAAAAAAUAUCCCUUGCAUAAUAGCCUCAGAAAAGCAAGAUUUCCCCACCCCAGAACACCAACCCUGGGAUACCUCUGUGUCACUUUGCACUGGGGUGCCUAGCUCCAGAGUUCUCACACCCCAAGCUUGGCAGUUUGCUGGGCUGAUUGCAUUUCAAGCGUAAUUAGACAUUGUGCAAGGAGCUGGCAAUUAGGAAGUGGCAGGGACAAGGUUUGUGUUUUUUUCCAUGCUUAAAAAUGUCACAGGAAAUUGCCAACAGACUGGGAAUCACAUAGAUAAGGUUAUGCAAGAGCCUGAAUUCAAGGCCGCUCCAGGAAAAUAUUUGCAACCAUUCCAAGGCGACGGGAGACUAGCAGUGUCCUAAAAUGGAACCACACUGUGUAUUUCCAAGCUGGAUUCCCACCCACCCACCCACCCACCAGCCCUCAGCUGUGAAACUGUGACAUUGUGCAGGUCUGCACAGCUUGUGAUCCACCAGGGCAAACACAGACCACCAAUCGCAGAUUGUGAAACGCACAAGGCUUGAUAAAUCUUCUAGUUUCUUGCUUAUAUGGGAUAAAGGUAAAGGGACCCCUGACCAUUAGGUCCAGUCGUGACCGACUCUGGGGUUGUGGCGCUCAUCUUGCUUUAUUGGCUGAGGGAGCCAGCAUACAGCUUCCAGGUCAUGUGGCCAGCAUGACUAAGCUGCUUCUGGUGAGCCAGAGCAGCGCACAGAAACACCGUUUACCUUCCCACCCGAGUGGUACCUAUUGAUCUACUUGCACUUUGACGUGCUUUCAAACUGCUAGGUUGGCAGGAGCAGGGACCAAGCAACGGGAGCUCACCCCAUCGCGGGGAUUCAAACCACCAACCUUCUGAUCAGCAAGUCCUAGGCUCUGUGGUUUAACCCACAGCGCCACCCACGUCCCUUUUAUAUGGGUUAUGGACCUACAAAACACAUGGUGGAGAGCACCUCUCAGCCUAUAGAUGUGGUCCGCAGGGAACACUCAGCUUAGUGGGGCAUAAGAUGUCCAGGCUUGGUGCAGAAUGCUAAGAAUUAGUGUAGUAGCUAACAGCUUGAGCUGCAAAGUCCUUGGUUUGACCCUUGCCUUAGCAGGGAACUCAUUUUGUAGCUUUGGACAAGCCACUCUCUUUUGGCCUCAGCCCCACCAUCUACAGUGCAGCGAUAAUAAUACUGGCGACUAGAUGAUCCUCAGGGUCCCUUCCGACUCUACAAUUCUAUGAUUGUUAUUAAUUGGUCACCUUUGUCUUCAGCAAGUGUUCUAGCUUCUUAUAUAGGCCAAGAACCAGCAGGUUUACAAAAGCAUCCCUUUUAUGGCAGAAUCCCAUAUUCACUGUAGAGCCAGCCCUGGUUUUCCACCUGAAGUGAAAAUCAAUAUGGUGACCUUCUGUUCAGUUCUGAAGUGUUUUUUUUAAUGACAUGAAGACAAGAAAUUGGAGGUAGGAAAAUGGCACCCUUCUGGAAUCUGUUGCCCAUAGGUCCCAGAUCCAGCCCUGACUUGUAGGCCCAUAAUGAAAGGCUAGCUACUUCAACAUCUCUUUCAAAUAUGGUUGAGAACCAAGCCAGCUUCUGUGAAGGGGGAUGAUCUCUGCAUUCUGUGUCUAAUUGUAGCAUGCAACCUUAGUAUUUGAUUAGCUGCAUGAUGAGACAUUUGGGGUUCUUUCUUUUACUCCCCCCCCCUCAUAAAAAGAGAACAUCUCUAGCCCUUUUGGUGCUGAGAUAAAUUGGGAACCUGCUUGUGAAAUUGCAGAUUUCUGAAGGCUGAGCAAGGCUUCCAAGACCUUAGGCUUCAGUGCUUAGACUCGGUCCUUCUCUCUUCUGAAAUAAUAAAAAAUGAUCCAAAACAAACACCAAUGCACAAAGUCAGGCUGUCGGUUGGGGCCUGUAAAAUACAGAGUCCUGUUGAUGUUCGGGAUCAGAGGUGGCAUAACAGUUCUGUGCUUGUGGCACAGAAGGGACUGCUUGGAACAGGAACAUUAUGUCAUGCUGGGUUUUUCCAUGGCAGAGCCAACAGCGCAAACGCAAUUGUGAGGUGAUUUGGUUCUUCUGGUAUAAAGGAAUCGCUCUGAAGUUGCUAUGGAAGGCGCCAGCCACCUGCCCCAGCCAUGGGUGCAGCCCACCAGAACUUGGGCCUUAUCCACACUUACCUUUUGCCCCACUCUUUCCAGGCACAAGUCUGUGCUUUAAAGCUCUGUGUCCAAGUGUGUUUCUUUUUUUCUUCUUAUUUGCCACAGAGCUUUCCCUCUGAAAUCAGAGCAAAUGUCAAUUCUGGUUUUCUGCAGAUUGACAUGUGCUCCGACUGAAUACUAAAGAGCAGGUUUUUGCAGGGAGAGCUCUGGAGGAAAAAAAAAGUUGCUUGGACAUGUACCUUUGAAGCACUGACUGUCCCUGGAAAAGAGCAGAGGGAAGGCAAGUGUGGAGAAGCCCUUAAACCUGUGCUCUCCAGCCGUGCUUUCUUUGUAUGCCUUUUGUGUUGGCAAGCAUGAGCUUAAAACAUUUCAGCUGUGCAUGAGGUAGAUGAUUUUAAUAAUAAAUGGUAGAAUAUUUUAUGGUUUUAUAGCCUGCAUUUACAAUGUUUGUGCAUUGCUGUAUGUUACGGCUUUAUGGUCUAGACAAAUAAACUUAUUCAUCACUUAAAAGAAAGGCAGCCUGCUAUCACUCCCAAGUCCCACCAAGGUAAAAGCCUCAGUGAUUUAACUGGGCCAAACUGUUUUAUCCCCAGGCCCACGCAGAGCUUGUCUGAGGCCUGGGGUAGGAGCCCACAGUUGGCUAGGAGGCAUGACAGUGCAAGUCUGGCAGGGUUCCCCAGCCAGCUUAGCCCUCUGAGGAGUCAGUGCCAUUCUUCUAGAAAAAGAGGUUCUGGAACUCUCCAUGAACACCUCCCUCAUUCUCUUAGAAUGGCAAUGGUGCCCACCUGAGAGGUGCCGGGACUGAGUUCCGGAGAGUUCCGGCUGAAAAAAAGCCCUCUGAGGGCCCCCUGCUCUGUGUGGACCUGCUUACCUCUGGAAGACCACCCCUACCAUUAGGCAGAAUAAGAUGGCUGUUUUGGGCAGCAUUUGCUGAGGAGUGCAGAGCAAACAGAGCUGAGUGUGCCAUGUGAUCUGCCUUGCAGCUCCCAAACCAGCCUGCUGCCCUCAGGUCCAAGGGAGGAUGCUGCCCCAUCUCCACUGUUCAGGUGAUAUUCAAGGGCCUGGUUGGCUUCUCCAUAUGGAAUAAGGGGAGCAGCAUUUUGCCCCUUUGGCUCAGGAAGCAAAAUGCCUUGGGACAGCCCUUGGUGGAAAUGACCGUGUCUAGGAGAUUGGUGCCACAUGUGUGGAAACUUAGAACAUUGUUUAAUCUGGAGGCCGGAGAUUUCUUCUUCUUUGCUCUGGAUCAGAAGUGACUGAUCUACCUGGAAUUCCCUUGCAGGAUGAAGAUGUUCCUCGGAAGAGACAGCUGCAGCGACGGUAAGGAGCUAUCCUUUGUAAUCCUGUCUCUUCACACAUACAUACAAACAAAAAGACCAGGGUCCUCCCAAACCAGCUUCUGGGCUUUUUCCCACAAUUUAUUAAAAAAAGUUUUGGGUUUAGUAUGUUACUCCCAGUAGCAGGAACCCAGUACCAGUACCUUAAGGCAUUAGGGUGGGGGGAAGUUGCACUUUGCAACUUAUUUUUUAAAAGAUGGUUCCAAUGUUGGAGCUACAUUGUGAAGAAAUGCAGAAGGAAGAGAGUAUAAAUAUUCCAAAACAGUGCAGUGGGUAGUGGCGGUGCAGGAAGGUGGAGCAUUGCUGCUUCUUCUAACUUUAAAAAAACAACUAGUGUUGCACCAAGAGCCCCUGUACUAGAAAAAUAUAGUGUAGGAGUUCAAACAGGAAAAAAUUGUUGAUUUAUUUUUACCUGUUUUUCAUGAAGCAUUCAAAGUGACGUACUAGAAAAGACAUCAUAACAAAUUAAACCAUUAAAAAAGCUACAGGUUAAAAAGACAACAGUGACCCAGAGUAAAUUCAAAUCGUGAUACCAUACUCUGGAAUCAAAAAGCAGCAAACAUUUAGGAGCAUAUUCUGGUGCCUUUUUAAGCUGAAGGGAGAGAGGGUGCCUGCACAGAGAAGACCCUUCUUGGUUACUGCCAAACACACAUAAAAAGUGUGCCAUAGCUGAUUGUAAUGAGCAAGAAGGAGAAGGGGAUCCUUCAGGUAAUCGGUCCCAAACUGUUAAGGCAGUAUAGGUCAAAAGCAAAACCUUAAACAUGGGUCAGUGGCUAAAUGGCAGUUAAUGCAGCUCCUUUAGGAGUGAUGUAAUAUGCAUGUGGUAAGUCAUCCUGGUGCGUUGUCUAAUUGCUGCAUUUUGCACCAGUUGCAGCUUGCAGGGCAAGCUAAGGGCAGCCCCACAUAAAGCACACUGCAGUAAUCCAAACUCAAGAUUAUCAAUGCCUGAGCCACAGCAACCAACUGAUGUGGGUGUUUGGCGGUGAGGAGGAGGAGAGAGUUGUGUUCCUCAUUAAUAUCCCAUGACAUUUGCAAAACCAAAUUGUACACCGCAGUCCCAAUUGCAUUGGAGGGAAGAAUUACAUUUCCCCAAGAGAAGUGCAAUCUUGAGACAAGAUUGUGUGCAGCAAAAGCAUAACAACUGCAUGUUUGUUGCUCUGAAAAGAGGGGAAAAAACCUUGCAAAGAAGAGUGAGGAAUCGGAUAAAUUAUCUUGCAAUGGAAAAUGUGCACCAAACGAAUACAUGGGAGGAUACUGUGCAUUAAAUAUAAAUGUACAGUAUACUGGAAAGAUCUCUAAUUCUGGUGAACUGGAAGGAUCUAAUUCCCUCGUCCUCUGUAACGGAACUUGCCAUCUUUUCAAACACCUUUGAACUCUGCACUGAGGUGGGACGGGGGGGUGAGGUGAACAGAGAAAUAAUGGCUGGGGGAACGGCUACUGCCCACUCCCCCUACUGCUUCUCCACUCUAAAUUGCUUCCCCUAGAUAAUCUCUGCUUUUAAAAAAAUGAUGGGAGCACUGUUAAACACGUUAGUGUGUAGCAUGUAGGGAGUGUCAUAGCCUUUCUGUCUAAUUUGUCAGGGGUUGGUGGUAAUUUUUAGAGCACACAUCUCUGUUUAAAAAGUGUGAGAAAAGCAGAGAUUUGGCAAAUAGUUUAAAAUAUAUAUUUUGAAAAGGCUAAGGGCACUCUUGGGGGGAAUGCCUUAUACUUUUUUUAUAUAAAAGUAGGUAAUAAAUCAAUGUUGACAUUUUUUUAAAAAAAAGAGCUUGCAAUUUCUAAAAUGCUUGCUUGUAUUCCAGCUGAGUAUAGCUAAUAUUGCUUAUCUAUUCCUUAGAGUCAACGUUUUUCAACAUUUUAUUUUAAAAUCUGAUGUGAUUUUUCAAUAUUCUGCCACCUCUGUAUACAUUUAAUAGGCCUUAAGGCUUCUAGCUAGCACAACCUACUUAGUUUGCCUUGAUGGCUAGGCCUGCCUCUCUUGGACUACUUCAGAUUUUGUGACUGUUCUGUAAUUGCAAAUGCUUCCAAGCGUUCAUGGGGAAGGGCCGUAUUCAGUGGAAGAGCACCUCCUUUUAUACAGAAGGUCUCUGGUUCAGUCCCAGGCGUCUCCAGGUAGGACUGGGAGAGAUUCCCAGCCUAAAACUCUAGAGAUCUGCUGCUGAACAGUGUAGAAAAGGCUCAAUUCAAUGGAUCAUUGUCAGGGUAAGGCAGCUUCUUACAUUCCCCCUUGGAAUGAGGAAGGAUUUAAUGGGGCAAGCUCUCCUCUGGAGCAAGAGGGUUUUUCUACCUAUCUCCGUUUCUUUCCCUUUUCAGCCACAGCUUCGUCAUGGUCAAAGGAGCUGCUUUGCUCCUGCAGGAAGACGAAAAGCUGGAGUCCGUGCAGGAAGGCCCAGCCACCCCCCUGGACCACAAGCCUAAGAGUGAGAAUGCCGCGGCUGAACAACAGGAGCAGCACUUACAGCAAAUGGUGGGGUUGAUGCGGCCAGAAGACAGCAUCCGGCUGGUGAGACUGUGAGGGCAGGGAGAUACGGCAGAGUGUGGAUGAGAAGAGACAGGAAAGCAAUUGGCCUGACCACAAAAUGUGCCUCUUCGGAUAAAGAGUCUGGAGCAGACAGUUAUGGAGUUCAGUGUUUUUACUGCCUUGUAAAAGAGUUUGCUUGGGGCAGGGCCUUUGCCCUUUUCCCUCCUCCAGUUCUGGAAUCAGCACGGUCUCCAUUUCCACCCACUCAGCCCUGCCAAGGCCCAACACUCAGGGCAAAUUCCCUUCUCUGCCUGGCUCAGCAUUGCUUACUAUUGGAACAAAAAAUAUUCCAGCUUUCUGCUGCCAAGCCAGGCCAGUUUAAGGUUCAUUCUGUUCAUCAAAUGAUCUUAUCUACCAGAGUUGACCUUCUGUAGUAACACCCACAGAUUACAAUUAAAGCACAUGGCUUCACCCACCCCAAAGAGCCCUGUAGGUUGGUGCUGUUUACUAUAGGUCUGUGAUUGGUAAACUAUUUGUUUAUUACUUAUUAAAUUUCUAUAUCACCCCCCAUCCGAGGAUCACAGAGUGAUUUACAAUAUAAAAACACAAAAAAUACAUAGCACAGUAACAAACAAAUACAAUAACAUCCUCAUCACCACAGAGCAUUUGUUUUAUUUAUUGCAGCUUCCAUGGGAAGUUGUGACAAUUAAGAUGGUAUAGCUGUGCUUUAAAUGUAUGUUAGUGGGAUUCCUUUCCUUAAUGGCAUAAGUGCUUUCCUGCCCUCCUGUCCAGAACCACCAGCUGUACCCAGUGUGCCUUGCUGCUGUCCUACAGGCCUGGUUAGGCAAGCCGUGCCACAAGAGACAACUGUUCUGAAAUGAAAGAGGGCUAUUUUCUGUAGACAAUAUUUCAGAAAAGGGAGGUGUGUGCCCUCAGGCUCCGGCCUAGUUCUAAGAGGCAGUAAACCUGUGUCUAGACAGUAUCACUUCAGGCUGUGGGUGGGAUUCACAUGACUGAAUCCUUCCAUCGUGGGAUCGCACCUGAAGCCUGAAAGGGCACAAGUUUACUGCCUCAGUGAGAACGCCUUAGUGACCCAGAUUGCUUCCCAGGCUAGUUCAGCUGGUCUGUGGAGUGGACACCCGACUAUUAACUCCUUCCUCUUGACCUUGAUCUUCACCUUUCUCCUCCUCUUAGCGCGAUUCUAGAAUCUGUGUUGCUUCUUGCCUGGGAGUCCUGUGAUAAACUGAUUCCGCUUUGCCUUCCUGCUGCAAAACUCUGUGCUAGAGAGGCCUGGCUUCUGAGAGCCUCAUUGUCCACGCUUGUGGAGGCACAGAGCAGGGCAGCGAGGGAUUCCUCUCCUUGAGGAAUGUGGUUUUCAGGCAGACAUUCAGCUGGGAGCUGCAGCCACUUCCCCAUUUAUGGCCUGCGGGGCUUUUGCUCUCUUGGGCAGACAGCCAGAGCUGGCGUCUCUGCCGAGUCUGAUCCCGGCUUUGGCUUUGGGGACUCUGCUGGGAGAUUUCCAAAGUAGCAUGUGCUGGGUUUUCUUUCUUUUCUAGAGAGUGAGUCACAACAGCCUCCAAGUACCUGGGGCAGUUCCUGAAGGCAGCGGUUCUCAUGCUGCUUUCUGGUAGCUGCUGAUGUUCUCGGGAGCUUAGCAGACGUGGCUCAUUCAGAAGUUCAGUAGCAGCAGACAAGCUGCCCUAAAAGAUAGCUUGCUCCCCACUGCGGAUCUUCCCUUGCAGUGUGGAAAAUGGAGAAUUAAAUAAAUAAACGUGCAUCUGUCCAGUAUACUCUCAGUUCAGGCAAGUCAAUACUGAGGUCUCAUAUGCUUGUCUAGUGGUCCACAAUAACACUCCCUGCCCCCUCUCUGUGUGUGUCUUCCUAGAACAUGCCCCAAACCCCUUGGCAAAACUACUGAAGAUAUAUGGCAUUUGCCAAUGUGGAAAGUGUGCAGAAAAAUAUGAAAAACACUCCCAUAACACUUAGGCCCAGAGGCUCUUCCCUCUGAUCCUACCACACGAUGCCAAACUGCAUUCACUUAAUCUAGGGGUGUGGGGCCUUUUUCUGAAACUCCCAUUCUAUUUUCCUAAUGAUUUUGUGCUAAAAGCCUUGUAUAAUAUGAUUUUCAGUGGAUGAUUUAAUAGCUUUGAGAACCUCAGUGCCAGGGCUCUUGGGCUCAGAGAUGAAAAUGUGACGCACUUAUUUCUGGAUAAAUGUAAAUGGAGUUUCUCCUCAAAACCUUUUUUCUCAUACCGAAAAGUGCACAAAUGACUACUGACAAGAAACAAGGGGCACUCCUUAGGCCUACUUGGAUUAUCCCAAGUUGCUAUCUUAUGUUAUUUCCACGCAUGUAACAAUAUGAUACUUAGCUAUGGCACUGGCCUCAGGAAUCAUGGAAUUUUUUUCAGAAGUUGCUGGUGGUGCUAAACAAAGAACUAUCCCUGCAUCUGCCAAAUGCACCACCAACAGUUGUGGUGGAAUCUUACUGUCAUAUGUGUGGAGGUGACACACACAAGGACAGUCUUACAAGGACUGUAUGUUUGUUUCCCUCCUCCAGGCUGUGAGGCUGGAGUCGGCUCGAGCUCACCGGAUCCGGUACUUGCUGGUUGUGUCAGCAGCAGAGGUGGAGAGCAAGAGUGAGAUGGUGCUGCUGGGAGUUGACUUCCCUGAAGAAGGGUGAGAGGACAAGGGAAGGAGCACGAAGAUACAGAAGGGGUGGGGCCCAGGCACUUCUAAGCUAGAAAACUUCUAGCAGUCUAUACUGUCCUGCCUUGUAUCUCUUCAUGAUGUCUUUCGUCAAGGCUUGGACCAAAAUGAGAUACCCAAUAAGGCUGCUAUCCUUGACCCACUUGCCUGAGAAUAAGCCCCAUUUAAUUAUAUAGGACUUUCGUUCCGAGUAGAUACGACUAGGAUUGUGCUGAAAGUCUCUUAGACUACAGGCUGAUGCACACUACUUCCUUGAAAGUAAGUCCCAUUGAACGCGGUGGAUCUUACUUCUGAACAAACAUGCAUAGGGAACAGGCAACAUUCUCUGCUUCAAUAACUAAGGUUGUGUUCCAAAUUACCAUUAGCCAAAGGCAAGUACCGUUGAAAUUAAUGGGGCAUGCUUCCAAGAAAAUGCACUUGGAAGAACACAACCCCUUUUCUCUCUGCAUGAUGUUUGUUCAAAACCCUUAUCGAAAGCAUCUUUGCUUCAGAGUGCUUUCUUUCUGUCCUUCACUGUGUGUGUGUAUCUAAACUCCUUAAUGUAUUUUACUCCCUGGUCGAACUGGUUUGGCAACCCUUCACCCAGUCUUUCCUCUCCACCCCAUUCCCAGUGUCUGUGCUCCAGAAGAACCUUUGUUUAUGUAUUCAGUAAGGGCACAGGCACUCGAGCAUGCCGCAGGAAGACGUCCAAAUCAAGGAGCUGAAGGGAAGAUAGCAGUGCAGUUCGCCAAGCACCUCUGUCACAGCUCUGGAAUGCUGGCUUGGCUUUGCUAUCAGUGAUUUUUACAAUGCUGAUCAAGCUAUUGAAAAAGCAGGUUAAGAGGCGAGUGCAGAUGGGGUGAAUGGGGAAGGUUUGUAGGACAAGCACAGGGACUAUAACAGGGGUCAGCAAACUUUUUCAGCGGGGGGCCGGUCCACUGUCCCUCACACCUUGUGGGGGGCCGGACUAUAUUGGAGGGGGGGGGUGAACGAAUUCCUAUGCCCCACAAAUAACCCAGAGAUGCAUUUUAAAUAAAAGCACACAUUCUACUCAGGUAAAAACACACUGAUUCCUGGACCAUCUGCGGACCGGAUUGAGAAGGCGAUUGGGCCAGAUCCAGUCCCUGGGCCUUAGUUUGCCUACCCAUGGACUAGAAUAACCCCUUCAGUAGCUACCUGAUCUCUUUUCUCUUUGCCUCCCAGCUCGGCUGCCUGCACGCUGGGGAUGGUGCUUCCGCUUUGGAGUGACACUCAGGUCUUCCUUGAUGGCGAUGGGUAAGAGACAGACCUAACCCCACCAGGCACCCACAAUGCUCCAUGUAAUAGUAAUCCUCAUAUAAGCUUUGUGCUUUGCAAACAAACUAGGAUACUCAAACAGACUGAGAUAGUGAGAGGCCAUUUUUUUGGUAUGUGUUUAUUUUUCUCCUCGCCCAGUUUCACCAACAAUGCCUGCUCUCUCAUCUGACUUUAAAAUGGUCUCCACAGACUACAAGCCACUUACGUCCUGAAUAGCUAUGGGAGGGUUUGGUUUUUUUGUUGUCUCUCCCUCCUGUAUUAAGUGGAAACCAACCAUUCUUUUCUGCAUGGUCUCUUUUUCUUAAAAAGUCUCCUUGAGAGCCUGCCCCAUGCUGUGUCUCAUCUUAUGGUUGUUGUUGUUGUUAAUAAUAGCCAUGUAGCACCACUAAUGAGCACAGCUUUAUUUCAGUGAGUCAUACUUGUGUUUGGUUCCAUGAUGGAAGAGGACUAGGGUAUGUGUGUUCAUGCCAAACUUUUCACAGGAAAGGUAUGUUUUGAAGGAAAUCCAAGAAGGUCUACUUCACACAGGUUUCCCAGAGAACAGUUCAAGGCAUAAGGGGCAAAAGGGGGUAAAAGGCAGAGUCAUCUGAGUUAGCAGGAGAGCUUCAGGCAGUUGAAGGUGGUUGAGCUUGAGGCACAAAGGCCUUGAGUGGCCAUAUUUUGGGAUAAAAGAGCAAAGAGAUGGACCUCUGGGCCUUAAUUAGCCGUGUUUAGGGAAGUUUUAAAUGUUUGAUGUUUUAUUCUGUUUUUAAUCUGAUGGGCGGGGUAUAAAUAAAUUAUGAUGAUGAUGAUAACAAAUUUUUAAAAAUUCCAUCCAGUAGCACCUUAGAGACCAGUAGCACCUUCAGAUACAUUGAGUGUAUCUGCAGAAGUGUGCAUGCACACGAAAGCUCAUACUAAUAACAAACUUAGUUGGUCUCUAAGGUGCUACUGGAAGGAAUUUUUUCAUUUUGUUUCCACUAUGGCAGAUCACCACGGCUACCUACCUGUAACUAGAUUAUGAUGAUGGAGGGCUAACUAGGGUUCAGGGCCAACCCAAUGUAUGUUGGGGGUUCAGGCAAAAAAAAAUACAUAAAUCCAAAUUGUACCUUCCAAAGAAAAAAUAGAUAAAUAAAAAGCAGACAGUUUGCCACCCUUCAGUGGCAAUCUAAGUCUGCUGCCUGAGGCAAUCCACCGCCCCGGCUAAUGGUACGGCCAACUGUUCGCAACCCGCCGCAAGCUUAAGCCACUUAACUCUCCACUGGAGCGUGCCCAUAGACUUCAUAUUCACCGUGUCUGGCCCAGACCAGAAUUUAUUAAAGUCAGGGUUAUGGGAUCAAAUCUGCCAUGAAUAUUAUGCACCGGUCGCAUUUCUCAGCAGGCAACUCAAAGAGAACUCCUUUGACUAGGGCCAGCCUGGAGUCCAACAGCCAGUCCUAUUGACUGUGUUCCAUCUUCACUAGUGGCUGUAUUUUAGGUCAUUUUCAGGUGAACAAGGUUUUAGAAAGUAUUUAUCCUCACACCUCCCUUGCAAAAUGUGCCUGUCCCACAGUGAUGCAGAGAUAAGCAUUACAAUCCAGGGACACAGACCUAGGCUUUAAAUGAAAACCUUCAACUUUGUAGUUAAAGCCUUAGGUUAGUGUUUCCCAAACUUGGGUCUCCAGCUGUUUUUAGACUACAGCUCCCAUCGUCUCUGACCACUGGUCCUGCUAGGUAGGAAUGAUGGGAGUUGUAGUCCAAAAACAGUUGGCAACCCAAAUUUGGGAAAUACAGCUGUAGUGCAGAUGAAGCGUACCUAAAAUAUUGACUUCAGCUGGCGCCAUCCUUUCUAGAAUGCGUAGAUUAAGGUUGUUGCCAUUGCACAAGGCAAGAAGCAACAUCAUCCUGACUUUUAGAUCUCAAGAGCAGAAAAGGAUCAGAUUCUCUUUUUUGCUUACAAAUGGAACCUGGCACCAUGGAAGAUCUCAUACUAGUUUCACAACCAUGCCAAGUACUGCAUUGUUAUUUGCCUCUUUCCGUAUAUCUGCAUCUCAGGUGGAGCACUCCCAAGUUACUUGUGACACUGCUCUCCCCUUCUCUUUCCCCAGGGGCUUCAGUGUGACGUCUGGGGGGCAAACCCGUAUCUUUAAGCCCAUUUCAGUCCAGACCAUGUGGUAAGCAAGGCUAUCAGGUAGGGUGAAAAGCGCAAGGACAUGUGUGGGAAAAGGAUGAAUGUGGGGAACAAGGAUAUAGUUGCCGCUAUUGCUUUUGGUAGGCUGGGAGAGGGGCAUUAUGGAGGAAAAUGGGAAGAGAGAUGUGCAUUUCUCUGAUUGCAGUGGUAGCCUUCAGAGGAUUUUUUUAGUGCAUCUCUGAUGUCUGAUUGUCAUCUCUGCUCUCAGGUCAGCGCUGCAAGUGCUGCACAAGGCAUGCAGCGAAGCCGUCUGCAACAACCAUUUCCCAGGAGGCAGUGCGUUGAGCUGGACCGAGUGGUAUCAGAAGGCUGUGAACUCGGAGCAGAGCUGCAUUAAUGAAUGGCUAGCCAUGUCCGACUUGGAAUCUGUGCGACCCACUUCUCCUGCAGCCUUCUCUGACCAGUCAGUGAUUGCCCUUCCCCUCCUAGGGCUGGUUAUAGGCUGUGAAUGAUGUAGUCAGCAGAGCUGCAGUGGUUCCAAGGUGGAACUCGAUACCAUGCAGUAGUCCAAAGCACAGACAUUUCAGGUGGCCCUGCUAGCCAGUUUUAGGGACUACUGUGCAGAAAGUUCUUCUUCUGUAGGUCAUGAAAGGGAAGGGUCCUUGUUUUUGUUUUGUUUUUGUUUUUUGUAAUAAUAAGGGAGGGAGGGAGAUGCUGAUCAGAGACACAGAUCAGAGCAGAAUCCCACCCCCAGUUCAGGUCACGUAGCAUCACUUUUUGUGGUGCAGUGGAGUGGAGUGGUUUGGGUAGCAAAGUAGGACUUGAGAGAGACCCAGGUUAACAUUCUCACCUAGCCAUUGAGUUCACAGGGUGAUAUUGGGUCAGUCAGAGCCUAACCUACCUCACAGCAACUUGUGAGGAUAAAAUUGAGGUGGGGGGGGGGAGUAAUCCUUAAGGCCCCCAGAGGAAGCUCAGGAUAUACAUGCAAUAAAUGAACGAGCACGUUUACAAAUGCGUAAAAGCUAUCUAGGGAAAUGCAAAGCUUUGGCAUGGUGUCAAGAUUUGUAACCCUACUGCCAAUGGGGGAGGGAUGCUCUAGGCGUGCCAUGGUGUCUGGGGCAGAGUCUGGCGAGCCAAGAGCUUUGCCGACCCUCCGUCUCUGUGCCUCAGGCCGACAGCACAGGAGAUGACAGAGCGGAUGAUCCGGGCCAAGCUGCGUGAGGUGAUGGCCACCACUGACCUGGAGAACAUCACCUCCAAGGAGGUGGGAUGUUGGGCCAAGGGGGUGAGGGAGGAGGGGGCGGGGGAGAGAGAAUGUGAGGAAAUUGAGACAUGUGUGAGGGUGUGUGUGUGUGUGUGUGUGUGUGAGAGAGAGAGAGAGAGGGUAUGGGAGCAAGAUAUGUAAAACGGACUGGGAAGGGAAUGUGGGAAAGCAGGGGUAUGUAUAGGGGUUGGAGUGAUGGGUGAGGGACAAGGAAUGGGCAUGUCAUUAAAAAGCAGCCAGGCUCAAAAGCGACCUCAGGCACUCACAAGCUCCCUCCCUCUCUUCCUGCAGAUCCGUACAGAACUGGAGCGGAGAGCCGGUCGGAGCCUGAACGACUAUAAAGAGUUUAUUGACAAUGAAAUGCUUCUCAUUAUGGCUCAGAUGGAUCGGCCCUCCAGGAUUUUUGACUAUCUCUACUUGGUGAGGAAGUACAGGAAAGGGAUCCAUGAUGCCAGCAGACUGGAGCUCCAAGCCCCUAAAAAUAGCAGUCCCUCCUCUCAACUUAAGAGUCCUCAAAAUCUUUCCUGGAAUGGCAGGAAGAUGGAAGCCUUGCUGUUAUUUUGAGGCCUCCCGGCCUUGCCUUCCCUUCCACCAUAAGAGGAAGCAAAGCACCCUGUAAAGCCUCUCCCUUAUACUAUCUACAGGGCCUUCUUGAGAGAUAGCAUGGGGCAGCAGAUUUAUGUUCUUUACUUCAUACAAAGUUGAAGAUCACAGCGAGCAGCUAAGGCUGCAAUCCUAAAUGGAUGGUUUGCACUGAAAAGGCUCCAUCUUUGGGGGCCAUCAGUCUAGCCUCAACAGGUGGUGGAACAUACAGAACAGCCUUGGAAGCUGACCUAAGAAACUGGACAGGCGCUAUUAAAUUAGUAUACCGCCCUAUACCUGUAGGUCUCAGGACGGUUCACAGUUACUCCCUCACAUAAAAAUCACAACCAAGCACAUCAGGGAGAUGACUCUCUGCUAUCUUUCUACAUGCUGGCAAUUUUUCCUGUUGGGGACAUAUUCGAAACCUCAGUUCCUUCACCUGCCCAGUCUGCAAUGGUAUAAGCUAGGAGGCACUCUACCACAUGAUUUGGCUAAAUGUGUUCGGUUUUGAGUAUUUAAUGAGCAAUUGCAGGAUGGCUGAAUGUUUGUGAACUAUUUGCACUCGCCUGGGACUGAGCUCUGUGCAUGGUGUUGUUCCUUUUUGUCCCAGGGCUCUGAAUGGAAUGCAGCCAACUUUGAGGAGCUUCAGAGGAACAGGUAUGUCACCAAAAGAUGCUGCUCGGAGAGCAAGACUAGUACCUUCGGGAACUUCAUCUGAUCUGGAUUCCUUGGACACUGAGAUGACCAUUUACACCUCUCCAUGUAAACUUGCCUUCUAGUCAGAAGGGAUUUCUACUACGCAUUCCAACCCGACUCUGAGAUACUGAGCAACUGCAGUGGGGGAUGUUUAGGAAAUGGGACGUGGUUUAGUUAGUUGAGGCCAUGCUAAAAACAUGGUGGAAAAGAGCUGCUCACAUUCUCUGUUGAUUACUCCUUGCCUUGCCUUACAGGGUUAGCCACAUCCUUAAUGUCACCCGUGAGAUCGACAACUUCUUCCCAGAGCACUUUACGUACAUGAAUGUCCGGCUCUACGAUGAGGAAACCUCACAGCUGUUGCCACACUGGAAGGAAACCUACAACUUCAUUUCAGCUGCCUGGUGAGAAGUGGACACCAAGAUGGUAGUUGUGAUUUCAGCUGCAGCACUCGUGUAUUGCAAGCUAGGCUAACCAACAUGGUCCCCAUCUAGUCAAUGGGAUUGCAGGCACAGAAAUGGGCUUUUCAGUGGGAAUCCAAGGGCUGAGGUAGAAGAGGAGGGCUCUUGUCACAAAAAGCCCCCACCUCCCUGAAUGAAAUGUCAGCUGUUGUUUGAGAGGGCCUGUGAUACCAGGUAGGACUGUCAACCCAUUCUUCCUUUCACCCCAGAAUAUUUUGCAGGUGAGAAUUUGGCACAGCCCAUCAUGAUGAUGAUAAUCCCAUCAGACUGGGUUGCCCCAAUGCACCCUCUGCUUCAUUAAGAAGUACGAUGCCAUCAGUUCCUAGCUUUUGAUCUCUGUCAGAUUUGACACAGCCAGUUACUCGUUUGGAAGCGCAAGCAGCUGAAUCCAGCCAUCUCCUCCCAUAUUGGAGGAUUCAUAGUUCAGAGCUACAGUCACCACUGCUGGAAACAAUAUCUGGAAAUUCCCAUUGUUGCCUUAGCUCAGCAUUCAGGAAACUGUGACCCCACUCUACAUGAUGUUGGACUGCAACUCCCAUCAGCAUGGCUAAUGGCCAGGAAUGAUGGGGGUUAAGACUUCAGCACCAUAUGGAGGGGCAGAAGUUCCCCAUCCUUGCCCUAGCUAUAUCUCUGCUUCAUUUAUUUUUAUUACUACAUUUAUAUCUCACCUUUCCUCCAAAGGUCUCAGGGUAGCACAUACUGUUUUCCUUUCCCCCAGUUUAUCUUCACAACGACCCUGUGAGGUAGGUUAGGCUAAGAGAUGGUGACUGGCCACAGUGAGCUUGCUUCCUGGCCAAGUGGGGAUUUAAACCCUGGUCUCCCAGGUCCUAGUCCACUACUCUAACCACUACACCACACUGACUGUUGAACAACCAUAAUGUUUUCCAAGCAGCAAUGAUAUUCACUCACUUGGAUUCAUCAUGAUCACAGCAGAGUGGCCUCAGCAUAAUAUAACUAAUCUGUGCCUUGGAAAGUGUUGAGUUAGGCCAAGAAGCUGGGGUAUCCUACUCUUGGCUGAGGGUACAGCAACUGGAUGCUGAAUUUCAUGACUGUCCUGGGUGAUGCUGUAGCCCUGCUUAUAGCAAAUAUUCAUUCCCCACAGGGCGCAAGGCUCUCGGGUGUUGGUGCACUGCAAGAUGGGCGUGAGCCGCUCUGGCUCAACAGUGAUUGCAUAUGCCAUGAAGGAGUACGGGUGGUCACUUGAGCAGGCCCUUUCCCAUGUACGGGAACGACGCCCAAUUGUCCACCCCAAUCCAGGAUUCAUGAGACAGCUGGAGCUUUAUCAGGGCAUUCUGGACGCAAGGUAAAUCCAAGGGGAGGGAGAGCAGGUCUGGUCACUGUGUAUGUAUGUGGGGAGGGCAAGGGAGACUGAUGGGAGCUGCAGCUGACCAGCCUGAUCAGACCACAGCAGAUGGUCUGUUGUUAUUGUCCAAGGGCCAAACUACGUGUUACAUUCAACAGCAGUGGGGCUAUUGGUAUCAGAGAAGAUCUCCCCUCCCUAGGAUUCUAAGCACCUGUGUGCAAAGGCAAACAGGAAAGAUUCCGUGUGGAAAAAAAUGACGGGGGUGCCAAAGAGUGGCAAGGAAAAGAUCCGACAUCCAUGCCAACUGCUCCAUUUCCAACUUCCACUCCAAAGCACUUCUUCCAGUUAAAAAGGGCUGUUUCGUAUUGUUAUGCACACAAUAUUUAAUCUUAAACAGGGAAGCACUGAUAGCAAAAUUGUCUCACACUAAUAGUGCAGCAAAAAUUAAAUAGACAUUGUGAUUAUCUUUAAUAUGUGUAAUUAAUGCUUCUCACUGUAACUGACUGGAUUCAAAGUCCAUUCUUUAUUUGGCUCUUUAUUUAGCAUUCCUUGCUGAAUAAUCUCUUACAUUGUUCACCUCAUGUUACUACGCAGCCGACACAGCAGCCUAUGGGAACAAAAGGCAGGAGAUGCCCACUCAGAAGGUUCUCCAGAUAUAAGUGAUGCCAGCAGUGAUCCUUCAGGAAGCCCAUACUAUGAGACUUUAAGCUCAGAAGAAGAACCAGAGGAGCCAGUGACAACCCCCCAGUAUUGCUUUCGUCCUUUGCGGGAACCUCCUGAAGAGCCUCACCAUCCUGUGGACGCUCCUGAUAGUCCCAGGCUCAGUCUUCAGGCCACAGAAGAACCUGGGGCAUCGGAUGACUCAGGAGCUGAGGAAGUGCGAAGACACCUGGCUACGAUGAGAGUGCCAGAGAAGCCAGCCACACUCAGACGGGAACGCAUCAAUCUCUAUGCUGUCAUGCGCAGCAUCAGUGAAAUGGACAGCCCAGAAUGCCACAUCUCUGUACCAGAGUGUGCUGCUGAGGAAGAGGUAAGAGGGUCAUGUAAGGGCAUGCUUCCAGAGAGAGGCAUGUGGAAAGAGUAAGGGAACUUAUAAUGGAGCCUCAAGGCAUACAAGGGAAACAAAAAUGGCAAUGCAUAAAUCAGUGGAUCUGAAACCUCAGCUAAUGCGAAGAUGGAUGGUAGAGGCAGGAUGAAGAAAAAUCCUUUGUAAUUGCUGGCCCUCAUUCAAUCUACCUCUUCUUCCUCCAACAGGUAUUUCUUCAUGAUGAAAAGAAGAAGACAGUGACCUUUGAGCAAUUUCCCCAAAAUGAAGAGACUUCAGGGUCAGGAACAGACUCUACAGCAAAGGCGCCACUGCCAGAGGAAGAGGAGGCUCAGGGUCGCAGGGCCAGGCGACGUGGGCGGAGGGCUCACCGGGGACGUCGCCAUGUCUGCAAGCAGCUUUCAUACUACCCGGCACCAGGCAGGGUGCGCAAAGUUGUCCAGCGCAUGGAGGGCCCUGUCCCAUUUGGCCGCAGGCCCGCUUUACAACACCGGCUCUCUGUGGCUCAGCUGGCUGAUGCUGCCCUGGUGGUGAGCCGGGCCAAGGAGUUUGAGGGACACACAGAUCCCGAAGGACCAGACAAGCUCCAGUCCCCUUCUCCUCAGGAAUCCAAACCUGAGGAAAGCACUGCCCUCUGUUCUUCCUUGCCCUGCUCCCGGUCCCGGCGGAUGGUUCGCCAGGCCAGCGUAGACAUGGACCCCAACUCAGGGUGAAACCCUUGCUGUGGCAUUUCUCCCUUUCUUCUGUUCAUAAGUGGAGUGAUAAAUGGAGCCCUGAAGGCCAAACAGGUUCACUUCCUAUUGUUGGGGGCUUCUUUCCUCUGCCUGAAGCACUAUUGGCAGCUGGUGUGGGAAGUGGCAAUUUAAAGCUGCCUGGGAGAAGGGCAGGAAAGAGGAGGAAGGGAGACCAUCCCUUUAAGAGACUAUAGUGCUUCACAGGCUCUCCAUCUCUUUCCAUAGCCAUGGAACUGCACUGGGGGGCAACCAGCGCUCUUGUGGGGCUCUGUCCAACCACUUAUUUCAGACCUCUAAAUGGCCUUGAAGACUGCACAGCUCCAAGAUUUAUACUGCAGGGCACUUCUGCUUCUUCCUUCAACUCACUUUUGAUAACGCUACCCUUUGUUAAAGCCGCGGGGGUCCCUGUGGCCUCCCAAGAUGUCGCUGGGCUCUUAACUAUCUCCAGCCCUGCCAGCAUGGUGAAUGGUCAGAGAUGAUGAGAGUAGUAGUCCAGCACAUGAGGAGGGCUCUGGGCUCCCCACAUCCCUGCUUUAUGAGGUGGGGCCAGGGAAGUAGUAUCUCACUGUGAUCCUAACCGGGGAAGAAAUGGCCCCUGUUUACUUUUGCACACACAUACACAACCACUGUGCCAUUGCCAGCUUCACUCUGCUUGGGAAUAAAAGAGUUGGUUAACUUUCCACUUGCUGGAACUCUGGUCUUGUCCUUUUCUUUGAAAUGUGUGUCCUAAUGCUUGGGACCUAAUCUGUGACCACAAACUCGCCUACCUGAGGGAGGGAAACGGGAGACAGUUUUUCCUCUGGCUAGGCUACUCAGUAUCCACACAGCUGUGGGGCUCUGUUAAAGACAGUGUGGCUGCAUGGUAAUAGCUGGUCAUUUUAGCCACUGGCCAUUUGCGUUAGGGAACAACGGGUCAAUAAAGCAUCCCACAACAUAGGGCUGUUUGCAGAAUCAGUUUUCCGUGGGCCCCUCGAUCAUGCGGUGAGCUGAGUUUUACCUAUGCAGAAUGAGGGCGCAGCUCGCCAUGUGACCAGUAGAGUGUGCAGACAGCAAAACACAUGGUCACACUCGCCCCAACUUCUCCAAGCGCUGACGAAUCCCAGGGAGAAUUGGCGAGCCUGGUUUCAUUACAUGUAAGCAUCAGAACCUCUAGCGGAGGGUGGGGAGAAACUACAGUUACC